AUGAAAUUACAAACAGCGUUCUUCGAACAACAACAAGAACGAGCAGAAGCGCAAAUGAAAAUGCAACAGAGCUUCUUUGACAAACAGCAUAGCCUGAAAGUUAAAAGUGAGAAUACAGUCAAGUUACCUAAAUUAGACAUGAUUUCCUUUAACGGAGAUAAACUCCAAUGGAUUGAAUUCUGGGACUCAUUCUCCAGUGCUGUACAUGAAAACGACAAGCUGUCAUCAGUUGACAAGUUCAACUAUCUAAAGGGAAAGCUCUGUGGUGAAGCCCGAAGUGCUAUCGCUGGAUUGGCUAUGUCGAAUGAAAACUACGACAUUGCUAUCCAAAUUCUCAAGGAAAGAUUUGGAGAUCAGCAAGACAUUAUAGAUUUGCAUUAUAAGGGACUGGUGAAUGUUGCGUCCCCAAGGGAUACGACUGAAAGUUUGCGACUUUUCUACGACAAAAUACAAAAACACUUGAGAAGUUUGGUGGUUAUGCAUGAGAUUUUGGAGCAACAAGUUUUCGUGUCAAUCAUUCGGAGCAAACUGCCAAGUGAAGUUCUUAUGCAUCUUGAAAUACAGAAAGGCUCAGACAACAAGUGGACAUUAACUAAGCUUUGUGAAUUGCUCCGACAGUAUAUUGUGUCAAAAGAAAAGUCGGACAAACCCAAACCAGUCAACGCUAAUUUUAUACCUAGUCGAAGAGUGAGACCACAAUUUCAGAAAUCAACAAAUACCUUUAAAGGCUUCAGGGGACCCCCAACAGCAAAUACCACUGCUGGAGCUUUGACUGCAUAUGAAAAGAAAGAGUCUACUUCUCCCCAACAACAUCAGACGAAAACCUGUAGAUUCUGUUGUAAGAAUCAUUGGAGUGACGAAUGUCCACGGUACAAGACAAUCGACAAAAGAAAAGCAAAAAUCAAGGGAUGCUGCUACAAAUGCUUAAAAGAAGGCCACAUGUCUCCUGACUGUAAAAGCAAACAAAUGUGUGUCCAUUGCAAUAAAUCAAAUGUACAUCACAGAAGUUUGUGCCCAGAGAAAUUUAGAAAGGCACCUAUUCAUGAAAGUGUUAAUAUAUUAGAAGAAAGAGCAUGCGUGUCUGAAGAAAGUGUAGAAACAAGAGAAAUUCCCAUUAAUUCAACAGAUGGUGGUGUUUGUAAUGAAAGUGCAUUAUUAUCAUCCAAUGAAAUAGUGAUGAUGCAAACAUCGCGCACUGAAAUUUGGGACAUAGAAGGUCUUAAUAAAGAAAAUGUAAGAAUUCUUUUAGAUUCCGGAUCGCAAAGAACGUACAUUACAGAGCGACUGGCAACAUCCCUGAAUCUAAAAGAGGACAAAUGA